GACACUACACUCAGAGCCGCGCAAUGCAAUACGCGACAUCUAACAACGACUACACGUGAAAUACGACUAGUUUUGCGUGUGAAUAAUGUAAAACCACCCCUGAUGUGAACCAAAAGGAACAUAGUGAUAAUUAUGACAAGCAAUAAUAAUUUAAAAUAUAAUGGUUUUAAGAAAUCGUUCUUAGAAAAGGAAUCACAUUAAAGUAUCGUAAAAGUAUGGACGUCCAAAAACAGCAACUUUGUCCACGACUUGUGGAUUAUUUAACAAUUGUUGGUGCAAAACCGUACACUACUGGGAAAGGACUAGCCCCGGUGCAGGCGCCAGAACUACUUCGUCGUUAUCCCCUAACCAACCAUGAUGACUUCCCUCUACCGCUGGAUAUGGUGUAUUUCUGCCAGCCAGAAGGUUGCGUGUCUGUGGGGCCUCGGCGCCAACUUGCACAUAUCGCAACUCGGGACACAACCUCCUUCGUAUUUACACUUACAGAUAAAGAUUCGGGUAAGACCCGAUAUGGCAUCUGCAUCAAUUUUUACCGCGCGAUGGAGCGUGCACCGACACCUGGUCCCCGGGAGAGAAGUGUUUUGCGACGCGAGUCUUGGAGGAAGUCUAUGGAGAGGAGUUCAGACUCCGCUUUCUCGAGUGACUAUAGGAGCAGCAACGUAGCGCCGAGCGACUCGGAGCGCGACUGUAGCGCCGGGCCUAGACUCGCGCCCGCCCCGCCUGACUCCGAGAGCGGAGGAUCGCACUCACCAAGCCCUAGAGCCACCAGAAAGAGACAGCGUAUACGGAACCAUUCCUUAACCUCAAUCUGCCUCCUGUCACAUCAUCCUUUCUUCUCCACAUUCCGCGAGUGCCUCUUCAUCCUUAAAAAAUUGAUUGAUGCCUGCAACGAAUCUUCUAGCCCAAGGCGCGUUGGUGCCUCCAGACAAUUAUUUAGAGAUACAGUGUGGUCAGUGCUCACUGGCCAGGCGUACGAUAAUACGCCGACAAUAGUAGUGCAUGACGUUAAAGAGAUUGAGACGUGGAUACUACGAUUGCUGUCAGCUCCCGUACCAGUUCCAGGGAAAACUCGACUCGAACUCGAAGUACUCUCACCAACAGCACACGCACCACUGGUAUUUGCAUUACCUGAUCACACAAGAUUCACUCUUGUUGACUUCCCUCUACAUCUACCAUUGGAAUUGCUAGGUGUUGAUACUUGCUUGAGAGUCUUAACCUUGAUAAUGCUGGAAAACAAAGUGGUAGUUCAAUCGAGGGACUAUAACGCGCUCUCAAUGUCGGUGAUGGCGUUGGUAGCGAUGCUGUAUCCACUAGAGUACAUGUUCCCAGCGAUACCACUAUUACCGAGUUGUAUGAGUUGUGCGGAACAAUUACUUCUCGCUCCAACUCCAUUCCUAAUAGGAAUACCCGCUACAUUCUUAACAUACAAGAAGAAUUUUAAAUUACCAGAUGACAUUUGGUUAGUAGACCUGGACGCUACUAAGCUUAGUGGGCCUUACGGUAACGAACAGGACCUACCUCCUCUGCCAGAACCAGAGAGUUCAGUCCUUAAAAACCAUCUAAAACAGGCUAUGCAAGUCAUGGGAACUGCCGGAACUGGUGCACUUAGCAGCUUAACAAAUAGUUCAGCAGAACAAGCUGCAGCGCCUCUUCUACCUUCGAGAAGAGAUAGUGUUGGUGGGGCUACAUUAAAGGUACAACCAGCGACCUUCCGUGAAGGGUCUCAUAGUACCCCAGAGAGUCGACGUGUGUCUGUGGGCAGCGCACACACAAGACUGUCGCUCGCGUCGCCACACUCACCAGCACCUCAGAGCUCUCCACAGGCACAACCGUUCAACCCUUUGAUAUACGGCAACGACGUAGAUUCCGUCGACAUCGCUACAAGAGUCGCUAUGGUUCGUUUCUUCAAUUCUCAAAAUAUUUUGGCGAAUUUUAUGGAGCACACUCGAACACUGCGUUUGUAUCCACGACCCGUCGUAGCUUUUCAGAUCAAUAGCUUCUUGCGAUCAAGACCUCGAUCUUCUUCUUUCUUGAAUAAAUUCGCUAGAACACAAGCUGUAGAGUUCUUAGCAGAGUGGUCUUUGACACCAUGCAAUGUUGCUUUCCUAAGAGUACAAACAGGUGUGUUUGAUCCUCGACAAAUUGGUGAUAAACCAAAAUGGUUUGCGGACCAACUGCAGCCCAUACGAUUCGCAGUUUGGGAUGACGGCAGUUCACUAAACGGUGCCUUAAGACAGUUGCAAAGACAGGAGAAUCAACCAACAGAUGAGAGCGGAUCUGAUUCUGAAGCUGCUGAGAGCACUAGUUCAUCAUAUUCAUCUUUAAGCGACUUCGUUUCGGAGAUGGCCUCAUCAGAUUUAUCACCAGGUGGAAACGUUCAACAGCACGUUAUUGGCGAAACUUAUAGUGCUGUAGUACAGGUUCCUAUGACACUCUCUUCAUCGUUAGAUCCGAAAACGGUAUACAGUCCACCAUCUUCGCUAAUAUUUGGAGAAGAAGGAGAAAGAGAAGGCCAGCGAGACGGAAGGGAGUCCACUUCUCCUUCCCCAUCAGCUUCCAGUUCAGAUCACAGCGACUUGUCUGAUGAUGACAUCCCUGGAACUAUGAACCGUCCCGACAUCACCGAUCAACCAACACCAGUCAAAAAAAGUGACACAGAUAGUGGUAGCUUGGGACGAGAGUCGGACUCAUCAACGACUCCUGCGACAGUCGCGUCGCGUCGUCCACGUGAUCCUGACCCUGUGCGAGCCUCUCCACAUUCCCGCCCUAGGAGUUCUAACAGUGGUGUAUCAAGACAAGCCUCGCAGACGUCACUAUUAGAACAAUUUGCUGCUCAGGCGAAGGAGCUUGUGCGAGAGACCACUCGUCAGAGCAGUCAGGAGGGAAUAUUAGCGCAUAUGGACAAAAACGGGAAAGCUGAUCAAGGACAAGAUAAGAACAUAUUUGCUCCUUUCGAUAAGUUAACCCUUCAUGCAAAAAAAGCCGCAGAAGAGGCAUCGAAGAGUGUUCAAGAGGCGUCGAAGUCAGCAUUAGAAGCGAGUAAAACGGCUACAGCAGUCAGCAAAAACACGUUCGAAGAUCUUACUUAUGUGGGAAAGUCUACUUUAGGAGAUCUUACGAAAAGUGCCAAAGAAGCUGCAGCUAAGAAAGGCUUGUUGAAGGGUGAAAGUCAGGAUGCUUCUACUAGUUCCAAUGCCAGGAGGGAUUCGACAGCGCUGCAGACGACUAACUUACUUGCUACCACACAUCGUGACUUCUUUUCCAAUAUUAGUUCUGACUUAAACGGUCUCGCUGCUUCAACUACUAGUAUGUUCAGUGACUUCUUUGGUUCCGCUAAAGGAAAGCAAACAAAACCUGAACCGUCUCCGAAUACUCCAAUGACAGCAACAUUUGGUCCUUUCUCUCAAGGUGCCAAAGGUUUAGUACAGCGCUCGCCACUUAUUCGCCACUCUUCUCCAGCACCCGUCGCACCACCAAUAAAUACGAGAUCUACUAAUAGCGAAAAUCAAGCGUUCCUGAAUGAUCUUGUACAACACGUUCUUGAAGGAGAAGGCGUUGGAUGGCUUAAACUAAAUCGUUUAAAGAAGCUAAUGGAAGACGAAUCAUACAGGAACAUGGUUCUUAGUAAACUUAAUAGAAACUUUAACAGAAAGACUUCACCGAAUGAUAAAGUGGAUGACGUGUUUAUAAGCAAACCCGUAUGGAAAGGCAUGCUAAAAGUACUUCAGGCUGUGGUUCAUGGUUUAGAACAUACGUAUUCCAAUUUCGGGCUUGGGGGAAUGGCUUCCGUUUUCCAAUUAGCCGAAAUGGCACACACUCACUAUUGGAGUAAAGAAUUCGCGGGAUUAGAACAUGGAGGUAUGGCUGGUUCUGCACUAUCUGAACAUUAUGGAAGGCAAGAUUACGAGACUCCAUUGUCAACGCCGUCUUCCAGAAAGAGCUCGCAGUCCGAUGCACCCGUUGUCAAUUACCCAGAACAAGAACACGGUGACACUCAGAGUACAACAGAAAUCUUCAAGGAUAUGUUAAAUCAAAAACGAAACCUUUUAUUUAGCAAGUUGACUUCUUUUGAUUCCGAUGCCGCGUCAUCGGAGUGUUCAGACAGCGGGUCCAUUACCACCAAUCGCGCGCUCGCCGACCACCGCGCUUCCUUUAAAUCAAAUCUCUCUGACACUGACGUCAUGUUCCUUAAUGUUGGUCGACCAGGUGUCAAGGGACGCACCGGUAGUGUAUUCUCGACCAAAUCUUCUGUUAAUGGUAGACCGAUGGCCGGAGUACCUACCACCUCACCACUUACCUCUCCUGAAACCGUCCGCACUUAUCUAUUUCAAGGAUUAAUAGGGAAAGAGAGAUCGAACUUAUGGGACCAAAUGCAGUUCUGGGAAGAUUCAUUCUUAGAUGCGGUGAGUCAAGAAAGAGAUAUGAUUGGAAUGGACCAAGGAGCGAACGAAAUGAUGGAACGAUAUAAAUGUCUCAGCGAAACGGAACGUAAACGCUUGGAGCACGAGGAAGACAGGCUGCUGUCUACUGCUCUAUAUAAUUUAACUGCCGCGAUGGUAAUGCUUGGAGUUGAAGCGGACAUUAUUAGGAAUAAAGUAAGACGAUUGCUGGCAAAAAGUCAUAUCGGACUUGUUUACAGCCAAGAAGUCAACCACCUGUUAGAUGUUGUCCAUAAUCUGCAUGGAAAUGAUAUAAGUCUUAAGGCUCUUGGAUCUCGAGCCACACAUCGCGCCACGUUCACAGUCCAUGAGCGAGAUGCAUCUGGAGCUUUACGCUUCUUGGACGUGAGACAUGAUGGACUCGUUCUAAGAACAACUCAAGGGACCAUUGUCGAGAGGUGGUGGUACGAACGUCUCGUGAAUAUGACGUACAGUCCGAAAAUACGAGUAUUGUGCCUUUGGAGAAAAAAUGGUGGACAGACGCAACUUCAUAAAUAUUAUACCAAAAAGUGCAAAGCGCUAUACUACUGCAUCAAGGAGGCGAUGGAGAAAAGCGGACGGCGACAAGAUGCAGCGGAACUGGGCGGGGAAUUCCCUGUACAGGAUUGUGCUACUGGCGAGGGUGGUCUUAUACAGGUGUGCAUGGAAGGCGUCGGACUCCUGUUCCACCAUAGCAAGUUCUUCGUACGGCUCGAUCACAUUCGGAAGUGCUUCACGCAGAAUGGGGGUAUCUUUGUUUUAGAAGAAUUUAAUCCUAAAACCAGGCAGAUAAUUCAAAGAAAAUAUAAAUCUAUAAUGGCGGAUCAAAUAUGCUAUGCGGUGUUGUGCGUCUUCUCGUACUUCGCGGCUGGGCAGGAACAGAAAAAAGCUAUAUUGGAGCAAGCGGCACAGAUCCAUGCACCUGAAGCAACCACGAAAGCUCCGUUGUCCCCAAGAAACGACGAUGAAGUGUUCCAGAGCAAGCCUAGCCCACAGAAUACAAGAAAGGCAUCGGAGGUCCGUGUGAGCGAAACCGAAAGACAGAGGGUGCCGCCGGACAAGCCGCGUAUUCUACCCGAGCGGCCGAAGCAGCUGAUCGAACCAGAACGAGAACCUGCGAAUGAUGGUUCAGAUAGUAAAACAAAAGAGACAGGUAGAAGGGAUAGUGAGGGAAGCUCGGAGAGAGAAAGAGACAGCACACGUCCAGCUGCCCAAAGAACGGACAGCUUACCACCACGACGGCCGCCACCACCAGUGCUACCACCGCAGAGACUGGUGCGAGCUUACUCGCAGGCCUCACCCAGACAUCACGAACCGCCCUCGAUCCCUCCCCGAGUCGGAGUCACCCCACGUGCCGGUCCGCCACCCGCACUACCUCCGAGACAGAUGUCGGCAGCUGAUGCUAGUGCUAGCCCCAGACAUUCAGCGACAUCUAGCCCAGUGCGUCGUGAAGGCCUGGCCCGUCAGAGCUCGAUUAGUGCGUCACCCGCCAGCACAGUUGCCUCCGCCCCAUUUUCAUCCACUAACCCCUUCACCGCAACUCGACACACAGAAUUCGUUAUACCGCAACGAACUUCCCGUCGCCCAUCUACCGACCGCAAUUAAUGACUAUCUAAACAAAACUUGCAUCGAUUCCAUUCGUCCCAUAUGCUUGAAAAUUGAACCAAUAGCUUAGAAAUAUCAUAUAUAUAACUUUGCAUAAAACUCCUUGCGAAUUUAGUACUUUUAACCUCAUUAUAGAUUAACAGUCCCGACAAUAAUGUCAUUGAUUAUAUGUAUAUAUGUACUGUGUAUUUCUAUAUAUUUUUUUCUUUUCCCAGGCUCUAUAGACCAUUAAUAUUCCUAAAAACUUUAAUUGCAUUUUAUAUAGUUCCUAUAUCGUUAAGUGUACAUCGCUAAACAAAUAUGCUAUGUUUUAUAUAUUAUAAAUUAUGUCAUUUAACAAAAUGUAUAUUACAUGAACGUCUUUAAAGAUAUCACGCAAUAAAUUAUCUUAUCUAUAAGUGUUAAGCCAUUUUAUCCAUGUCACCAUACAAAUUGCGUAAAACUAAUCUUAUUGUAUUCAAUAUUUCAUUCAGCUCAGCUCAAUAUCUUUCAAUAGUAAAUUGAAUUUAUUAAUAAUACGGUGAUAAAUAGAUCGUAGCUAACGUGUUGUCUGUAGGAGAAUGUUGAAAAAUUUCAACUUAUAUUUUUCAUAGAAAACAAAGAUGUUUAUAUAUCAUAAAUUAUAAAAAAAAAAAAAUACUUAGAUUUAGUAUGUGUUUAUAUACUAUAACCCUUAAAAGCCGUUUACAUGAGAGAUGAAAUUUCUUUUAACUAGCAGUUUAUAGAAUUUAAAAUAUAUAUGAAUUGUCCUUAGAAAACAACAAUGUACGGUUUUGAUGUUAUGGCGCCAUUAACUUCGCGCUUGUGUUGCAUUCUGUAUCUUCAUUGUGAACGCAUAUGUAACAUAGAAAAAUUCAGGGUUGCCAUACAAAAUAUAUAUGACUUCAUGAAGUAAAGAUAGUGUGUACCAA